AUGGACAAAUUUCAAGCAUUCGGAAAGAAUCUCAGCGCGAGCUUCAGUCCUUUCGCUGCGCGCACCCAGCAGAUGAUCAAGGAGCAGUUGGGUCAGGCCGAGGACAAGACCCAGCUUCCCGAUGAAUACAUCGAAUUAGAGAAGCGCGUAGACGCUCUAAAGCUCGUCCACCAGAAGCUGCUUCAGGUGACCUCCCAGUACUCCAACGAGGCCUACGACUACCCCCCCAACAUCCGCGAAUCCUUCAACGACCUGGGCCGCACCAUUGGCGAGAAAGUCCAGCUCCUGUCACAGGCCGCUACUCCCGCCGAGGCGCAGGCCGCCCUCGUUGCGCCUCCGUCGGCCAAACCCCAGCCGAAGACCUUCAACCACGCCAUUGCCCGUGCCUCCCUGGCUGGAUCCCAGACCCUUGCGCAGGUCCACCCGGGCGAGGAUCCCCUGGCGACCGCGCUGGAGAAGUACGCUCUGGCUUCGGAGAAGGUCGGCGAGGCCCGUCUGGCGCAGGACGCUCAGAUCCAGUCGCGCUUCCUGGCCGGAUGGACCACGACGCUGAACACGAACCUGAUGUUCGCCGCGAAGGCACGCAGGAGCGUGGAGAAUGCGCGUCUCAUGCUGGACUCGGUCAAGGCGAAGCGGAAGGCGGCGGCGGGCGGCGACCUGGAUAACCUGAAUGAGGAGGCGCGCGCGGAGAUUGAGCAGGCCGAGGAUGAGUUCGUCGGACAGACCGAGGAGGCUGUGAGCGUGAUGAAGAAUGUCCUUGAUACCCCCGAGCCUCUGAGGAACCUGGCAGACUUGAUUGCUGCGCAGCUUGAGUUCCACAAGAGAGCCUACGAGAUCCUCAGCGAGCUGGCUCCUGUAGUGGACGGGUUGCAGGUUGAGCAAGAGGCGAGCUACCGGAAGAGCCGUGAGGGUGCUUGA